UAUUGUCUAAAUCUUCUGUUCUGCUUCUGUCUGUUUUCCUCUCGGGAAGAGAGUCAAACGUGUUUGGUUUCUUCUUCUUUCUGUCUAAAUCUGCGCAAUAAACAAAAUCUUCACAGUGAUUCACGCUUUGUCUCUUCUGCUUCUCCUGCAAUUUUGAUGUUUCUGGGUAUAUCAAGUUCGAACCCUAGAAAAACUGUAACGAAAUCAUCGUAUUAGUGUUUCCAGAUCGGUUUUUCGUUUCUUGCGUCGCAAGUUUCAGCUUCACUGUUGAAUGGUUUCUGGCUUUUUAAGUCAGAUCACAAGGCAUGAAAAGCACGCAUUUGUCAUAAAAACACACAAACCCUUUCGGUUGCAGAAGCGUCCAAACGUACCGAAAUUCGGGGAUUGGCAGAACGAUACGCCGUUUUCAGUCGUUUUCGAGAACGCGAGGAAGAAAAAGAACCCUCACGACCCGAAAGGGAACCCAGAGUUGCCAUCGAACCAGGGAUCUCCGUCGCGGCAUCCUCGUACUCCGAACCCCACUAGACACGAGCCACCGAAACAGAUCCUGAAACAAGGGUCAAACGGUUUCAGACAGAACAGAGGAGGGGAAGAGUUCAGAAGGUUCGCACCAUCUCCUGCUCAGAGCGACAAGAACAGCACGAGAGUUAGGACUCAGGUUCCUCCAAGGGAAUCCCACAAUAACAAUCGUCCGUAUGGAGGCGGAAACAUCAAUCAGGCCGAGACGAACAGGCGGCCUCCACCACCUCAGAAUCCGAGGCCAAUAGCUAACGUUAGAGGCCAGCAAUAUCGGGCACCUGCAAUUCCUCCAUUUCCGGGGAAAGGUUCGAACUCUGAGAAUUAUACGCACAUUUUCGAGCAAGUGAGGGUGGACAGACACCAAGAAGGAGGGAGGACGUCUGUGGGCAGCACUCCCACUCACCCCAUCAACCACCAUCCCCAUUCUUCUCCUCCCAACAUUAGCCCCAAGCAGAGUUGCUGCUUUCCAUGGAGCCGGAAAGGGAAAUACUGAAUAUAUAUAUAUAUAUAUACACAGACACACACGAGCUUCAAGCCUUUUAUUCAUAUUGUAAUGGAUUUUUUUUUUUUGGUUUUUUUAUUUUCUUGUGUGUUUGUGUUUGUAUGGUGAAAACUGUUGGAGCAUCUUCAUCAUACUUUAUAUUACAUCUACAUAUUG